AUGGCCGCUGCUAUCAAGGCAAUCAACGCCAAGAUCCGCUCCAACAAGGUGGCGGACUAUGUCUGCUCAACCCACUUCUGGGGCCCUGUCUCCAACUUCGGUAUUCCAUUUGCCGCUGUGAUGGACACACAGAAGGAUCCGGAAAUUAUCUCUGGUACUAUGACUGGUUGUCUGCUUGUCUAUGCUGCUACUUUCAUGCGCUACUCCCUCGCUAUUACCCCUAAGAACUACCUGCUCUUCGCUUGCCACUUGACCAACUUCGGUGCUCAGUCUGUCCAGGGAUACCGUUAUCUCGCUUACUGGAACUGGGGCGGUCGGGAAGCUCAGCUCGCCGAGCAGGCAAAGCAGGGCAAGGUUGCUACUGAGGGUGGAUCCGCAUAA